AUGACUACUGAAAACGGCAAUAGCUUCGAGAUGAAAAUAAGUAAUUUAAGAACGGCGUUAGCCGAAGCGGAGAGCGAUAUAACGCGAGGAACUGCGUGCAAAUUGCGAGACAAUAUCGUUAAGAUGAGAGAGAAAUUCGCCAAUGAGAGAAAGCGCCUUAAUAAUGAGAUUCAACGAUUGAAGAGACGAGUUCGAGAAGCCGAAGAAAAACGAUGGAAUGGCAAUGAGCAUAUCGAGACUAUCGGGCAAUUGAAAUCGAAAUUACGAGAAUUUGCAAGUGGCGAUCGCACAAUGGAGAUCAUUUUUAAGAACAUCAUAGGUAGAGUUGCUGUAACGGUGCCAAAUCUCUCAGAGGAAUUAGUGAACGCUAGCGAGGAUCUCUACAAAUCGAAUUGCGAGAACGGACAAUUGCGUUACGAGAUCGAUAAAAUCAAAGCGAUGUUACGUAUCAAAACUGGCGACCCAGAAAAUUAUCGUAAAAGGAUCAUUGAAUUCAAAAAUAUCUUGCAACGAUUGAAAAUGAACGUGGAUUCUCUUAAGAAAAAUCUCGAGGAUAGUUCUUGGAACAACAGUUUCGAUUUUUGGAAGUACGUCAAAGUUAUCGAGAAGAUCGAUAAGACGAUGAACGAAUUGAGGGACAAACUGAGAAACGAUCGACAUGCUCUUGUAACUACUGGCAAUCCUGAUUGCUUUCGUUACGUCACGAAGAUCGUCCAAGUUAGAUUGGUGCUAAGACGGUUGCAUGAGGAACUAGAGAAUUCUUUAACUCUGUCAGAAAAAUGUAAAGACGAGAAGAAGAAGAAACUGAAGAAAGAUUACGUUAAAAGUGUAGAAAUAUUAGAAAAAAUUAUCGAACAAACGAACAUUGAGCUUGCUUACUUGAAGAUCGAGCCCAUGGCUAACUGUAAACUCGGUGGUACCAAUUGUCUCGAGUACUUGAAGAAAGUAACAGCAUUGGAAGAGACACUGAAGAGAUGCAAAGGAAAGAUCAGCGAACUUGAUACAAAUCCAAAUGAAGAUAACGCACGAACGUCUCGGCCGAAAACGCUCGAAGAAUUGAGAAAACUCAUCGACGAAUUGUAUUCGCAAUCGAAGGAUCUAGAAGGUACCGUUUAUUCUGGCAACGAUCCGAAAUUGUUGGAAAGAAUCGAAGAAUUGGAAGAAUUGUUGGUCAAGUCGAAAGUCGAGUUAUCGAAUAAAGAGGGAAUCAUGAGUGCGUUAAAGGAAAAACUCGAAUGGGGUAAAAAGGAAUUGGAGAAAACGAAAGAGAAAAGUAUGAAUCUUAGCAAGCAGAUCGACGAAUUCGAAAAGAACUCGAAAAAUCGGCUGGAAGAGAUGCGACGAAUGAAAGCCGAGUUAAAUAAUUCGACAACACAAUUACAGAAUCUACGGAACGAUAAGAAGAAUUUAUUCACGGAAACCGAGAAAAUGAAUAAACUGUUGAAGGAAAGGAACGAGGAAUUGUCUACAAUUCGUGCUUCAAAGUUAAAACUUGAGAGAGAUCUGGAAGCAACAUCGAAACAAUUGAACGAAGAAUUGAAAAAGUCAAUGCAAACGUCGAAGGAAGAAAAUUUGCGUGAACAAUUAGAACAUAAAUUGAAUGAAGCGAACAACACGAUAAAUGAUCUGAAAAAGGAGCUCGAUUUGAUGAAUUCUGAAAGUAAAAAGAUCGAGCUCGAGGUCGUACGUUUAACUUCGGAAAACGAGAUGCUGAGACAACGAUCGAGUAUGAUGGAAGAGACUCGUGAAGAAUACAAAUUACUGUUAUCUAAACAUGCAACUUUAGAAAGUAAAGUUGAUCGUUACGAUAAAGAAAAGAACAAACUGAAGGAUGAAAUCUUGGAACUGGGAGCCGAACGAAAGUCAGUUAAAUCGAUGAUCGACGAAUUGAAUAAGAAAAAUAAUUCGCUUUUGGAACAAGUGGCAACAUUCCAAAUAAUUCAGUCAUCGUUAGACGAGGAAGCGGACAAUUGGAAAAAACGCUCGAACGAGAUUGCAAAUGUCCUUGAGCGGACCAACGAGAAGCUCAGAGAUCUUCGAACAGAAAAUUUGACGCUCAGCAACGAUCUAAGUGGUUUGACCAUGAAAAAUAACGAAACGGAGGCUCUACUACGCAUGAUCUCGACGGAAAAGAAUCACUUGAUGACGCGUACGAAGGAACUCAACGAAGAAAACUUCUCGUUAAAGGAUCACCUGAAUAAAAGGAGAACCGAAUGUGAAUAUCUUUCCAUGGAAUUGAAUAAGUCUAGAAUCGAAUCUGACGAAGCGAAAUCUAACAUUUUCGAGCUGAGGAGAACAGUCGAAGAAUUGCAAGAGAAAUACAACGAAAUGAGGAACGAGUACAGAAUACUUGAUAAUCAUGCGAAAAGUCUGCAAGUUAGCAACGAAGCUUUGCGUUCGGAGAACGAAAUGGUGAAAGCUCGUUCGAACGAGUCCCUCGAACAACUGCAAAACUUGGAAUUCAAGGAUGAAGAUAAUACUAGGUUGUACGAAAACGAGGAGACAAAUGACAAAAAAAUGAUGGAACAUAAAAGAUCGAUUGAUAAAAUCAAGGGUAAGAGCAAGCCGAAGAAGAAGAUUGAAACGAAAAAAUUGAGACUAGCGAACGAAAGUUUAAAGUGCGAAGUGGCUAAUUUAAAAACUGAAAACACGAAGAUCAAAAUCGAAUUAGCUCAAAUUAAAAACGGUUCUCGUAAAGACAAACGACCCAGCCAUUUAGAAAUAACGGAAUUUCGAAGAGUUUGUAUGAAAAGUCAGGAGAGCGAAACUCAAGUCGAGCCAAAUUCUCAACAACUCGUAUCGCCAAACGAGAUGAAUCACGAGACUUUAACUCCUGGUUUGGAUUUAAAAGAAAAGUUUGAUACAUUGACUAACAUUCUCUCGAGAAUGAAGAUCGUGAACGGUGCUUUGAAAGCUGAAAUUGAUAUUUUGCGAGAUAGCAUGCACGCUGCGAUCACUGAUAAAGACAAAACCGUCAAUGACCUUCGCCGUGCUCUCGAUGAAUUGAAAGCUCUUAAAAUCGAACUGAUAAAGCUCAGAGACGAGAAGCAAACUCUCGGAAUACGAUUGGAUGACGCUAGAGAAGAAGUGAAUAGCCUAAAGAUCGAAAAAAUCGCUUUGAAAGACGAACUCGCGGUCCUCAGAAAGACAAACUCUGAUCUUAGAACGAAAAUUGGCGAUUUACAGAAUUCCUACGAGAAACUGAAAACGCUCGACGCGAGAUUGGAAAACAAAUUGAUGGGUACGUUGAAAAAUGUCAAUAAGUAUACCGUCUCGGUUGAGAACUCACACGAAUUUGAAAACGAACUCAAUGGUAUCCUGAAGGAUUAUACGUUGAUGAAGGAAUCUUUGGGUAUCGUCAAUUUUAAAUUCGAUGGUUGUAAAUUUGCUCAAGGAGAAAAUAACGAUAUUUAA